AAAAUGCGUUUUCUGUGGCCCACUCACAAUUUGUCGCCGAAAAGUUCUAGGGUUUUCCAAUAUUUCGAGUGUUUAUAACGCCGUUCGUCUAGCUAUUCACGACUGAGCAUUCGAAAAAAAUCAUGGGGUUUGCUGCGAUUUGGAACUCUCAUCCCAAGAAGUACGGUCCUGGUUCCCGCACCUGCCGUGUGUGCGGAAACUCGCAUGGGCUAAUCAGGAAGUAUGGUCUUAACUGUUGUAGACAGUGCUUCCGCAGCAACGCCAAGGAAAUCGGAUUCAUCAAGUACCGUUAAAGAUCUGGGGUUGUUGAUGCAGUUGCAGUCAUUUUGUUUUUCUUUUAAGCUUUUGAGACUUUAAUAUUGUAAUGCAUCUUAUAAAUGUUCUAUGGUUUAUGCAAGACAUUUGAAUUGUUGAACAUUUUAGCUUCUUUCAUCCAAAUUUUUUUUUUUGGCAAUUUGAUCGUCGGGUGGAUUGGAGUUUCUCUUUA